AUGAGUAUUCAUUCUAAAUACUUCUUGUCAUUUGUUAGAUUAGCGCCUAGAUCUAUUGUUGGGAGGAAAUUGUUUUCGGUAGGGAACCUGGGAACGGAGAUAAGGGACAAGGGGGUUUUGAGAUCAAGUAUACAGGCGAGGGUUGGUAGUAAGAGAGGUUUUGGUAUGAUGACUCGGAUAUCUGGUGUAGGUGGAGGCGCGGGAGGAGAAGGGGAAGGAAAGGGGGUGAGAAGAUUUGCUCCUUUGGGGGAGGAUGGGGAGGAGGGGAAGGAGGGUGUAAGGAAGUUGAAGGGAAUUAUUUUUGAUAUGGAUGGGACUUUGUGUGAACCUCAGACAUAUAUGUUCGGCCAAAUGCGCGAUGCUCUAGGAAUAGACAAAUCUAUCGAUAUCCUCGACCACAUCUAUUCUCUCCCUGUAUCCGAACAAGAAGCAGCACAUGAAAAAAUCCGCGCCAUAGAACGGGAAGCAAUGCUAACCCAAGUUCCUCAACCCGGCCUCCAAACCCUCUUCACCUACCUCUCCACCCUGACUUCACCCCUCCCCCUCGCAAUCCUCACCCGCAACCAUCCACCCCCCGUCCACCACCUCCUCACCACCCACCUCCCCCAAACCCCCUUCUCCCCUAUCAUCACCCGCGAAUUCCGUCCUCCAAAACCCCAUCCCGCUGGCAUUCUCCACAUCGCGAAAGAAUGGAACGUCAAUCCCAAAGAUACGAUUAUGGUGGGCGAUUCGAUUGAUGAUAUGAAAGCUGGGUUUGCGGCGGGUUCCGCUACGGUUUUGCUGGGGAAUAGUGUGAAUGAGGAGUUGUGGGAACAUGAGUGUACGGAUUUGGUGGUCAAGAGGUUGGAUGAGUUGGUGGAGGUGUUGAAGGGGGGAUUUGUGGGGAGGAUGGAAAGGUAGAUGGAUGUUAUUGCUGGAAAGGUAGUUUGGAUGUUGGAAUAGGAGUGAAAUUGUAAAUAAGUAUCAUCAUGGUAGUAGAAUUCUCGACCGGGGAUUCCACUCAAAAUACGCAUACAAAGAAUUUCGAACCAGCUUUUCAAA